CACCACAAGCAAAUUGAUAAACAUUUCCCUUGGAUCUCAAAUCUUUCACACUCUAGCUAGUUAUCCAACAUGGAAACUUCAGAAUCACUUUCAAUUGAGAGCUUCUCAUACAGUUGGUUAGUGAACCGAAAACCAUCUUUUGAAAGCCCAAAAGGUUCCUUUAGAGACUCUUUGGAUGCAUUUGAUGAAUCUAAUUUCAUUGAAAUGGACCCAAAACUUUCUGCCUCCAAAAGAUUUCUUGUUUUUCAUCAAGAUUUCAACUUUGAUCUACCAACACUGCAGCCUCUUGUUCAUGCCGAUGAACUCAUCUCUAACGGGAUUCUUGUUCCUCUUUUUUUGAAGCCAUUGGAUAUUGGAAUUUAUGAUUCCAAUUCCAAUUCCCGUAAUCCAGCCUCGUCCGCCCUUGAGAAACCAUGUUCCUAUCCGAGAAGUCAGUCUUUAUCUUUUAGAAGGUAUAAAAGAUUGCCAAAGAGAGUGAUCCAAAAGUAUUUGCGGUUGCUUAGAUUGAUUUGGCUCAAAAUGAGAAGAGGAAGAUGUGAUACGGGUGAAGUAAAGAGAGCCGAGAACUGGGAAUUUUCAAGCGCUCUGGAGUCGUAUGGUUCAGAUAAUUGGUCAAGAUCAUGGGUGUUUGAGAGUGCCCAAAACGGCACGUUGUCUCCUAGGACAAGUGAAGCAUGUGGUGUGGAUAACUGGAGACGAUCUUGUGAUUCUGAGAGCUCAAUUUAUGAGGCAGUUCUUCACUGCAAGAAAACCAUUGGCUGCAAAUAAAGGUGUGACAAGAAGACAGAAGAUGCCAAGAUGUGUACAAUUUGUAGAAAAUUAAACUGAUAAUUACUUCCUUAUGGGAUAUGAUUCCCCAGAAGGAAAUAUUACUCAGUCUAAGGUUUUAAUUCGUAGUCGUUACAUUCAUCAUGUCAUUAACAGUCCAAAUUAUGUUCUAAGGGAUUCAUAAUCCGUGUCUUAAAACAAUAUUUGGAUGAUUUCUUUUCAAGUUUUAUUAAGGGUUACUGAUAUUAGCCGGUUCUUUGGAUAUUAAAGAAUCCGAGCUAGAUUGUUUUGUUUUGUCAAGUAUAAGAGGACUCCGUUUGCUACAAAAGGCUUGUUCUACCCUACCAAUAAGUAUAGUUGUAUCAUGUAUGUGUAAUCACAAGCGUUGGGCGGAUAUCUACCCGACAAUUCGAUCAUUCAAUAACAACCCCAUGUUUUUACGA